ACGGAGCUCGAUUCCUAGAGUGGAGAGUUGAUUUAUUUAUUUUUUCGGAGGGGGGCGGAGAGGGAAGAGGAGGGGCGUCCUCCAUAUCCAAUGCCCGUCCCCACGAAGCCCGUUCCCCUCCCGGAUCCACCAUCGGGGGAGAGAGAGCGGCUUUUGUCUUUGCCGAGAGCUGCAUCGGGGCGAUUUGGCCUUGGCAACACCACUAGUUAGGGAUAUCUCUGCCUUGAGACAAAAAGCUGGCAGGCAAAAGACGCAAGCCUUCUCUCACGCUGGAGGCUUCCAAGAUGGAAGAGCAAGACUCCGCUGCCUUUGAAUCAGGAAGGAGCCCUGAAAACAUCAAGAUUGGGAGCAGCGGGGAAUCCUGGGAGAAAACCAUGCAGAAGACUCUGAGCGAGAACUUGCUCCGAGCGGAUGUGCAGCACCAGCGCUUCAAGCAGUUCCGCUACCAAGAUGCAGAGGGCCCCCGCGAAGUUUGCAACCGCCUCCACGACCUUUGCCAUCAGUGGCUGAAGCCAGAGCAGCAUACAAAGAUCCAGAUCCUGGACUUGGUGAUCCUGGAGCAGUUCCUGACCAUCCUUCCACCGGAGAUGGAGCGCUGGGUCAGAGAAUGUGGAGCCGAGACCAGUUCCCAGGCAGUCGCCCUGGCAGAGAUUUUCCUCCUGACGCAGGCAGAAGAGAAGAAGCAGGAAGAGCAACAGGGGCAGGGGUUGUUUGGUGCUGAUUUCUCCGAGGCUGAGAAGACUUCAACAGACACCAAACACAGCCCCCUACGAAAGGGGAUCAUGCCAGAGGGUGACAGUGGGACCAGCUGGCAAGGCUAUGGAAUGCUUCCAGCAAUACGUGCUCAGCAAUCUCUUCUGUGCGGUGGACGAGAAACGGCUUCCGGGCAGCCUGAUAAGGAUCCGGCAACCUUGAAGGGGGCUGCUAUGUACCUUUCUAAGGAGGAACGGGCUUUGCUGGAUCCAGAACAGAGAGCUGUGCACAGGCAGCUCGUGAUGAAGAGCUGUGGGAUCAUGGCCCCUCUAGGAGGCGAAAGAUGGGAAGUGGAGAGUAAAGGAGAACCACGAGGGAUGUCGCCGGAAAGAGGGCGGUGCAAAAAGAGUGAAGAGCAGAAAAGGAAGACUGAAAUAAACCAUAAAAGGAGGACUAAAUCCCCCGUUUCUGAAGACGGCGACUAUCAUGAAAUCACAGUCCAAGGGAAAAUAGGGAAAAUAAGGAAAAGAAGCGAAAAACCUGUUGUUAAAAUAAGUGAGCCGCCGACCGUUAAAAGGCAGAGGACUUACUUUUUCAACAAGGAGUGGGAAGAGAGGUAUUGCUUUGUGGAUCUGAAUGGCAAGUGCGUCUGCUUAGUCUGCUCCUCAACUGUUGCCGUCUCAAAGAAGCACAAUGUCCAGAGACACUAUGAAAGAAACCACAGCAGUUUUGCAAAAGAUUAUCCCCUAGAUUCCGAACUUCGGAAAAAAAAGGUCCAUGAAAUGAAAUCCAAAUUGGCGAUUCCACCGACACCAGCCACCAGACCUGUGGUGCAAUCCAAAAAUAAUACGAUGGCAUCUUUUAAAAUUGCAAGCUUGCUUGCAAAGAGGAAAAAACCGUUUGUGGAUGGGGACUUGUUGAAAGAGAUAUUUUUGACCGCCGGUGACUCAAUGUUCGAAGGUUUCCCUAAUAAAAAAGAAAUACUUGCAGCGAUUCAAAAAUUGCAGCUGUCUGGAAACACCAUCACAAGAAGAAUUGAGUCUAUAUCCAGAGACUUGGAUUAUCAACUGCAAAGUGAUCUUCAGAAUUGCCUUUGGUUCGCACUUCAGUUUAAUGAAUCGACAGAUAUAACAGACCCGUCUCAGAUGGCAGUUGUUGCAAGAAUGGUUUUGAGUGAUCUUUCUGUGAUAGAGGAGCUACUCCGAAUAUUACCUCUGAAAGGAAAGACAAGAGGUGAGAAUAUAUUUCAGACUUUCAAAGACUUUGCCAUGGAAAUAAAUUUGCCUCUUCACAAAUUGUCGUCUAUCACCACUGACGAGGGAGCAGCAACAGGGUGUAUCGGUGGGUUUAUUGCCCAGUGCCAGCAGGACGAAUCUUUUCCAAAGUUUGUUUCAUAUCACUGCAUCAUUCACCAGGAAGCAUUAUGUGCUAAAGUACUCCGGUUUAAACACAUAAUGGAUGUGGUUAAAAAGAUAAUAAACUCCAUCCGGGCCGUCUCCUCAAAACACAGGCUUUAUAAAGCCCUUCUGGAAGAUGUUGAUGCUGAGCACAAUGAUCUCCUUUUACACACUGAAGGCAGGUGGCUGAGUAAAGGAAAAGUUCUGGCCAGAUUCUUAAACCUGAUUGAAGAAAUUAAGGAGUUUUUUAGGUCUAAAGAUCAGUAUGUUGAACAACUUGACGACAGGUUUUGGUUAAUGGACUUGGCUUUCCUUGCUGACUUGAUGCAAAAAUUGAACAUUUUGAACUUUGAGCUUCAGGGUAAAGACAAGCAUAUUUCUGGGAUGGUCACUGCAGUCAAUGCCUUCAAAGAUAAACUGAGGUUGUGGAAGUCACACUUGGAGAGGAAAUCGCUCCUUUACUUCCCCUCAAUGAAGCAAGUCAUUGGAGAGAAUGAUUUCAAUGGCGUGCCGUUUGUGGGCUACCUGGAGAUCCUGGAAGAGCAGUUCCUUACUCAGUUUGAGCAGCUCAUUGACAUUGAGCCUGUCGUGUCCUUUUUUGCAAACCCAUUCGACUCCAUCGAUGUCACAGUGACUGCCAUGGCCAUUGCAGAACUCUGCCAAGCUGGGCUGGAGGAAAUAGAGCUGGAGAUUGUGGACUUGCAAAAUGACUUGGUUUUGAAAUCUCAUUCAGGCCACGACAACUUUUGGAAUCAGGUUGGUUCCCAGAAGUUCCCUUUGUUGAAAAAGACUGCUGCAAAGGUAAACUCUUAUUUUGGGUCAGCUUAUCCGUGCGAGUCCCUUUUCUCUGCCAGAAAGUUUAUCAAGUCAAAAAACAGAACACGGCUGACGCCUAAACAUCUGGAUGACUGUUUGCGAGCAGCCAUCUCGUCGUACACCCCCAAUUAUAGCAAACUUGCAGAUGACAUGCAGUGCCAGGCUUCACAUUAGUCUUGGAGCAGGGGCACAAUUUAUGUGAGGUGUGGUUGCUUUGCGUUAAUCAUUAGCUUUGAUUGGGUUAUUUUCAGUGGCUUCUGUUCUUUUCUAUGCUGUGUUUCCUUUUAAUUGUAGCUGAUAUAUCACUCUUAAAUACAUCAUUUUACUUGUGA